CUGUUGUCUUGCAAAAUCGCAUCUUGUGCUACACGCAGACGUGACCCGCCCAGGGGGGGGUGUGGUGUGGACUGUCGCUUAACUUGCGGGUGGAGCGUGUGUGCGUCCACUAAGGGCGGAGGAGGAGAUGAAGGAGGAGGAGCGCGCACUAUAUUCAUCCAUCUAUCCAUCCAUCCACUCAGCCAUCCAGGCAGGCAGGGAGGAAGGUAGGCAUUGAGGCAAGCUGGUCCUGGUCCUGGUCCUAGUCCAGGUGCUGGAGAAGAAGCGUGUGUCGAGCACGGCGGCGGCGGGUGCAGCGGCGGCAUGGCUUCGUCUUACGGGAGAAGUACUGACAUGCGCUUCGCCGACUGGAUGUCGAGUCUCCCGCAGAGCAUGCACAGCAUCCCGCUCACCAACUUGGCCAUCCCCGGUUCCCAUGACUCCUUCAGCUUCUACAUCGACGAGGCGUCUCCCGUGGGCCCCGAGCAGCCCGAGACUGUGCAGAACUUUGUGUCUGUUUUCGGCACUGUGGCCAAAAAGUUGAUGAGGAAAUGGUUAGCCACGCAGACCAUGAACUUCAACAGUCAGCUGGAGUCCGGCGUUCGCUUCUUUGACCUGCGCAUCUCCACCAAACCGCGAGACCGCGACAAUGAGCUCUUCUUUGCCCAUGGUCUCUUCAGUGCCACAGUGAGAGAAGGUCUGGAGCAGAUUAGCAGCUUCCUGUCCGCACACGCCAGAGAAGUGGUGUUCCUGGACUUCAACCACUUCUACGGCGUUCAGAACCUGCACCACGAGAAGCUGGUGACCAUGUUGAAGGACGUUUUUGGAGACAAGCUCUGCCCGGUUGUGUUUGCCCAGGAGGUAAGUCUGCAGUAUCUGUGGGAGAGGGAGUACCAAGUUCUGGUCUUCUACCAUCACCCCAUGGCUCUGGAGGUGCCCUUCCUUUGGCCUGGCCAGAUGAUGCCUGCCCCGUGGGCCAACACCACUGACCCGGAGAAGCUGGUUCAGUUCCUCCAGGCUUCUGUCACUGACCGCAGGAGGAAGGGAACCUUCUUUGUUUCCCAGGUGGUCCUCACACCAAAGGCCAGCACGGUGAUGAAGGGUGUGGCUAGUGGACUCCGAGAGACAAUCACAGAAAGGGCUUUGCCGGGAAUGAUGCAAUGGAUCCGGUCGCAGCGACCCGGCGAGAGCGGCGUCAACAUCAUCACCGCCGACUUUGUUGAACUGGGCGAGUUCAUCAGCGCCGUCAUCACCCUCAACUACCACAUGGACGACGAAGACGACGACGCCACCUGAGAGCCGUCGGCCGCGUGGUCAGGCUAUCGUGGAAUGGUGAAUGACCUGAGAUCAAGUUGAGAGAAGAAACGUUGUGGUGGACUAUGACAGUGUCAGCCUGGUAAUUUAGGGAGGAAAAAUGUCCCUUCUUUUAAGUGAGAUGUCCCACCCAAGCUGUAAACGUGAGCGCUUUCAUGAUACAAAGGUAAAGCUUUUAUAUAUAUAUGUUCCUCAUAAGGUAUCUUUGCAAAGCAUGAUUCUAAUAACAAAGGUCAUAUGUGAAAUAAUUUAAAUGUACACCCCAACAAAUUAGUCUUACUAAUAGUCAAAUUGUCUUUUCAACAUUUUUUUUUAUUGAUACAUGAUUAUUUCAAUACAGUAUUUUAAAAUGUAU